GUACACCCGUCAUUCAAAUUCCGUAAAAACUUUUAGUACUACCGUGCGAUAAAAACUGAUUGAGUCUGUUGGCAAUUCUAGAUUUUUAGUUGAAAUAGGUAUGUUUUGUACAGUUUCAGACAAACAUUGACCCAAAUUUGCACAACAACCCUGGUCUCUGUCAAUUGUGUUUUUAUAAAUAUUUGGGUCGGAGGACGGAAUGAAAUUCAAAGGCGGCAAAUUUCGACAUUUGUACCUACAUUGACCAGAAGGGGUCACCACUAGUUGACUGUAAAAAAACGUCGAAUCCACAACCUGCAGAAGUGAGGUUAGGUUUAUGUUUAAUUUUAAUAACAAGUAAUUCGAGUUCAUUACGCUAAGCAAGCCCUGUCGAAAUGGAUCUGUGGAACAUUAAAGAUUUGGAGCCACCCCCAGUCACCAGCUGUAAAGCCUGCACAAAGCAAAUCGAUGUGCGCCUCCUGCAUGCCGUUCUCCAAGAAGGAGUCAACUUUUUCUCAAACCAGCACCACUUAUUCACUGAAGCCGCUCUACUCUCACGCUCAGUCUACCGUUUCAAGAUGAAAUUUCGGUCCUCUAAGGAUUUCAAAAUCGUCGAAAAACUCAACCACAUUCUGCGGACUUACCAGAGAAUGCACAUUUCGGCGGCGUUGAACGUGCUGUUGGUCACAAUUCCUCAGAAUUACAAAGCCAACAACACCUACAUGUUGACAAAAAACAUGUUGGAUUAUGUUUUAGUACGCCUACAAGGAGUGGGAAAGCUGUUGUGCGCAACUUUGGAAGCUUGUAAGGAGGUUUCAGCUGCCAUGCAGCAGAGAUUAAGAAUAGGGCAUUUUUGGAAAGUCGCUAUUGUUAUUUUUGCGACAGCUGCCAGGAUUUUUGUGGUUGCUAAAAAUGCCUUGAAGUAUUGUUGUGAGUUGUAUGGGAAUUUGUUGCCGUAUUCCUCGAGUUUGGGGAAUUCUGGGGUGCAGUGGUUGCCGGAAGGGUACAUUUUCCCCAGUCAUUUGGAUGAGUGGUUGGAGAUUGAUUGGUUGGAUCUGGAUAACGUGAUUGAGAUUCUUGAUGAUGAACCUAUUUUGUCUUAUUUAAAACUAACAGAUUCUGAUGAUGAGGUUGAAUUUUGUGAUGAGUAUAUUCUUGUUAAAGACGACCCUAUCUCUUGUAUUUUUGUUAAGGACGAUAUUCCUAUCUCUGAAGACGUCCCCUGGGACGUUGUAGAUAUUGGCGAGGAUUCUGUAAUUCGGUGCGAUGACAGCGACGUGGAAAGAAUAAGUACACCAGAAGGUGAUGAAGAUGUUGGGGAGGUUAUUAACAUUAGCGACAGCGAAAUGCAAACACCGCUGAAACGAAAACAAAAAAUAUCUGCAUCCAAAGCAGACACUGGAGAAAAUACUGGGAAUAAUAAAAGUCAAACAUUGUCCAAACGAAAACGGAAAAAACGCGUCUCAAAAAGUUUGGUGGAAAAUAAAAUAAAUGAAAGUGACACGCCAAAAAGACGACGAAGAAAAUCCGCAAUUAGAAAAGUAGAAAAAAAGGAAACCAAUGUGAGUGGAAAAGGUAAAAAGUCACCCAGAAAGAAACAGGAACAACCAUUUCCAGCCAGUGCAGUGAAAAUAAAAACGAAUGCCUCUUUUCAACAAAAACAAGGAACAAAAAAGAAAAGGAAACUGAAGCGUCUGCAGCGACGUAGUGCACAACGAUAAAUAAAAAUGAAUUUUUUUGUAAUGGAUAAUACCAGUAAAACUAAUAUUUCUCGUU